AUGCAUGGCUCAGUCGUCACCGCUGCCAAUGAUACUGCGGAUGAGGAGGCCACCGUUCUCCACCAGGCUCGCGAGCAGGCGGUCGAGAGCUUCAAAGUUCGAGAGGAGGGCGAGGAAAAGCAGAAGGUAGAAAUACUGGAUGAGGUGGAACAUAGUCUUGACGACAAUGGCAGACGACACCUGGACGACCUGGCAGAGACAACUGCAGUACUGGGAGCUUUGGGCACAAAUACGAGAGACCUGGGCCAAUCAAUCAUUGAGCUCACGGUGGAGGAAUUCAAUGCGCAGCAGCAGAUGAGUAAAGUACAAGCGCUACAUGACUACUUAGAAAGGGAGCUUGCUACGCUGCGAGAACAGCUUCUAGACCUUAAGACCAACGAGGUGUAUGAAACACCGGCCAAUCUCCCAGCGCUAACAGCGGAAUGGACAAGAGAGACCAAAAUGCUCAACGCCAAAGCCGGCGAGUAUCAAGAUCGGAUUGCCUCCCUGCAGAGAAGUAAAAGUAAGGGACCUACGCUCGCAGAAGUCAUUGCGGAAGAGCAGGGCGUGAUCAGGAUGCUGGAGAGCACCAAAGCACUAGUGGAGAGGGUCCAGAAAUUCCAUGAUCUGCCAAAAGACGUCCGUGGUGCUCAGGUGCAAUACAAGGAGCUAGAGCAGGAACUCGAGACACUCACUCAGCAACGAGACACAAUGUUCGAGAAGCUAGGCGAGAAGCUAGGCGAGAAGUGA